AUGAUGAGAUCCGAAGGCACGUGGGCAUACUUUUUGUUGCGAAGCCUGGCUCUGCUGCGCCACGACUCCGUGAAGCUGAUCAAGUUCGCGGACGACACCACCCUCAUUGGACUCAUCUCCAACAACGAUGAGUCCGCCUACAGGAGGGAGGUGGACCGGCUGGUGUCCUGGUGCAGUGGUAACAACCUGGAGCUGAACGCCCAGAAGACAGUGGAGAUGAUUGUGGACUUCAGGAAGAGCACAGUCCCCCCACCCCCACCCUCCGUGAUGGACUCCCCCAUCACCUCUGUGGAGUCCUUCCGUUUCCUGGGCACCACCAUCACCCAGGACCUCAAGUGGGAGCCGACCAUCAGCUCCCUCAUCAAGAAGGCCCAGCAGAGGAUGUACUUCCUGCGGCAGCUCAGGAAAGCCAAGCUGCCUGCACAGAUGUUGGUGCAGUUCUCCACGGCCAUCAUCGAGUCCAUCCUCACCUCCUCCAUCACCUCCUCCAUCACCUGCUCCAUCACCUGCUCCAUCACUCUAACCCGAGCAGAGAAGGUGAUCGGCCGCAGCCUUCCAUCGCUGCAGGACCUGUACGUCGCCUGA